AUGUCUGCACCUGUUCAAAACAAUGCUGAAGUUCCCACCUUCAAGUUAGUUCUAGUUGGUGAUGGUGGUACGGGUAAAACUACUUUUGUGAAGAGACACUUGACUGGUGAGUUUGAAAAAAAAUACAUCGCCACCAUUGGAGUUGAAGUCCACCCUCUAUCCUUUUACACCAACUUUGGUGAAAUUAAGUUUGACGUCUGGGAUACCGCUGGCCAAGAAAAAUUUGGUGGCCUAAGAGAUGGUUAUUACAUUAAUGCUCAAUGUGCGAUUAUUAUGUUCGAUGUCACCUCCAGAAUCACUUACAAAAAUGUUCCUAAUUGGCAUAGAGACUUGGUCCGUGUGUGUGAAAAUAUCCCGAUAGUGUUAUGUGGUAAUAAAGUCGACGUCAAAGAGAGAAAGGUUAAGGCCAAAACAAUCACCUUCCAUAGAAAGAAGAAUUUACAGUAUUACGAUAUCUCUGCCAAAUCCAACUAUAAUUUUGAAAAGCCAUUCUUGUGGUUGGCGAGAAAGCUUGCCGGUAACCCACAAUUGGAGUUUGUUGCCUCUCCUGCAUUGGCUCCACCGGAAGUUCAAGUGGACGAGCAAUUGAUGCACCAGUACCAGCAAGAAAUGGAUCAAGCCACUGCUUUGCCUUUACCUGAUGAAGAUGAUGCUGAUUUAUAA